AUGGCCCGUACGAAGCAAACUGCCCGCAAGUCUACCGGUGGCAAGGCGCCCCGCAAGCAGCUCGCCACCAAGGCGGCGCGCAAGUCCGCCCCGGCCACCGGUGGCGUGAAGAAGCCGCACAGGUACAGGCCCGGUACCGUCGCGCUCCGUGAGAUCCGCAAGUACCAGAAGUCCACCGAGCUCCUCAUCCGCAAGCUCCCCUUCCAGCGUCUCGUCCGCGAGAUCGCCCAGGACUUCAAGACGGACCUCCGCUUCCAGUCCUCCGCGAUCCUUGCGCUCCAGGAGGCGUCCGAGGCGUACCUCGUCGGCCUCUUCGAGGACACGAACCUCUGCGCGAUCCACGCCAAGCGUGUCACGAUCAUGCCCAAGGACAUCCAGCUCGCCCGCCGCAUCCGUGGUGAGCGCGCGUAAGCGACGACUCCUUCUAUGGUCUUCAACAACAAAAACUAAACAACGUCGCUUCUUGAGCGACGCAAACGCCGCCGCGCUCUUCGAGAGCUGGCGCGAACACACAAUGGUGAUAAAUAAUCACCACCACUUUCACAAGAUUCAUCGACUACGAAGGAAGGAAAACGAAACGUACGU